ACUGAGCUGAGACGCCAUCACAGAGCGUCAGAUCUCUGCUGAAAAACACACAUUUGGAGGAUUUUAAUCAGACGGUUCAACAAACAGCAGUUUGGUGAGUUACAGAUACUCAAAGAUCAAAUGGAUGAGAAACUUCUUGAAAGUUACCUGAGCUGCCACGUGUGCUCAGAGACUUUCAGAGAUCCUGUGUCUCUGAGCUGCAGCCACAGCUUCUGUUCAAGCUGCCUGCAGAAAUUCUGGGAACAAGCUAAAAACAAAAACUGUCCCAUUUGUAAAAGAAGAUCCUCUAAAGAUCCUCCAGGUGUGAACUUUGCUCUGAAAGAACUUGCUGAAUCAUUUGCUGGCAGACAGAAAGCUGGAUCAUCUGAGACAGAAAAGGGAGAGAAGAAAUUAAUGUCAGUGUGCAGUAAACACCAAGAAGAGCCUAAACUGUUCUGUGUGGAUGAAGAUAGAGCUGUGUGCACCGUCUGUGAUUUUCCUCACCAACAUGGUCACAAAGUGGUUCCUGUAGAAGAAGCAGUCAGUGACCUGAAGGAGCAGCUGAAAUCUGCCUUAAAGUCUCUGCAGGACAAGAGGAACAAAUACAAACAAGUGGAGGAAACCUACAAUGAAGUGAUUGAACACUCCAAGAAGCAGCUGUUGUCCACAGAGAGGCAGAUCAGAGCAGAGUUCAACAAGCUCCACCAGUUCCUGAGAGAGGAAGAGGAGUCCAGACUGGCAGCUCUGAGGGAGGAAGAGGAGCAGAAGGGGAGGACUAUGAGCAGAGAGAUGAAGAUGAUUGAGGAGCAGAUCUCCUCUCUGUCAGACAGCAUCUCUGCUGUUGAAGAAGAGCUGCAGAAACACAGCGUGCCAUUCCUCAGCAGUUAUAAAGCCACUCAGAGCAGAGCCAGAGCCCAGAGCUCACUGUCAGAUCCACAGCUGCUCUCAGGAGCACUGAUAGAUGUGGCCAAACACCUGGGAAACCUGUCCUUCAGAGUGUGGGAGAAGAUCAAGGAGAAGCUCCACUUCUGUCCUGUCAUUCUGGACCCAAACACUGCAAACCACUGGCUCUGUCUGUCUGAUGAUCUGACCAGUGUGAGAUGUGGAGACACAAAGCAGCAGCUUCCUGACAAUCCAGAGAGAAACACUUAUUAUGCUGAUGUUUUUGGCUCUGAGGGCUUCAGCUCAGGGAAACACAGCUGGGAGGUGGAGGUGGGAGACCAUCCUGACUGGAAUGUGGGUUUAGUUAAAGAGUCAGUCGACAGGAAGGGAAAGCUUUUCAUCACACCAGAAUAUGGAAUCUGGGCUUUGCUGCAUCGCAGUGGAAAAUACACUAAUGGUGUUGGUCAGACUGUGACAGUGAAGAAGAGUCUCCAGAGGAUCAGAGUCCAGCUGGACUAUGACAGGGGGGAGGUGUCCUUCUACAACCCUGAAGACAUGACUCACAUCUGCACUCACAGACACACUUUCACUGAGAAACUCUUCCCAUAUUUCAGUGUUGGAAAAUCAGGAGACGCCAAAACCUGUGAUAUCCAAAUGUGUCAGAUUUCACAGUAAAGUGAUUCUUUUUUAACGUCUGUGUGGUGAUUUUUUUAUGUGUGUUGUUUUUUUCUUUAGGCUUAAAGAAUCCGAUUUUAGCACCAAUGACAUGAUGGGACACAUCUUUCUGUUUUAUAUAAUGUUCAGGAUAUUCCCAAAGCACACAACGAGACUUUUUGGAUCACAUGUAGAUUUUCUUUCUUUUUCAGCUGCCAAACAAAACUGUUUUCAUUUGUUACUUUCUGAUGUUUUCACUUGAAAGCAUUGAAGUCAUUUUUAUUGAUCUUUUUGAAGCAGAUUAUUGAUGCUGAUAUAAUCAUUGAGCUGCUGUUUGUUUCCCAUGUGUGUCAGUACAGAUUACUGUUCACUGUCUGACACAGAAUUACAUUUAUUCAGUGAUAUUCAGGAAAUGUCUUCAAUUGUGUUUGUCAUUGUUCCAAAUUGAUCUUUGUCCUGAAUGUUGAGUCUAAAUCACAGUGACUAAAAACUAGAGAGAAAACUGCAGAUUCUUGAUUCCAGCUGCAACUAAAGACUAUUUAACAAAAUCAUCUGUUGAUGUUUUAGUCAAUGAAACAGCAGAAAAUGAGUGAUAAAGACACCAAAGGCUCACAUAUGAGUCCAUGUUCUGUAUGUCUAUGAACACAAACACUGAUUUGAUCCUUCUUGAACAUUGAUGCUGUUAAAGUUGCUGUUUGUUCCAGUGUGUUUAUGUCAGCUUCAGCUCACAAAGAUUUAUUGUCUCUAUCAGACGUUUUGUUCAUGCUUUCUUUUCCUGUUCUUAUCCGGGGGUUACAGCAAACAUUUGCUCUGUCAUUGAUUAUUAUUUUGCUCCACAGCAGCAGCAGAGCUGCUUUGUUGUAAAGGCUCAUAGAAAUUAUUGAUCCAACUGUCUGAAUUCAAUCUGGCCUUUGAUUUUGUUGUGUUGCGUUCAUGGAACUCACAGCAGUUACACAAAAACCAAAGGACCUGUUUCCAUAUCACAAUAUUUGAGCCACUGAGGGUUAUUAGUUUUCUUUAAAGAAGGUUUUGCUUUGUUUGUUUUUGCCUUUUAAAUGUUUACAAACAGAUGAUAAAGUUUUUUCUUCCCUGCUAAUCUCCAUCCACACUCCAGUCCAGUAGGUGGCAGUAAUGCACCUGUAAGUUGGCUCCAUUAAAUCCAUAAAGAACACAAAGGCAGCCAACAGGAUAAAGUUUCUAUAAGGAAGUUUUUGGGUUUCAUGUUCUUGUUUCUUUUAAAUGAUUUUCAGAAUAUUUGUCAUGCUUUUUAUUUGAAGCAGCUCAAUUUUAAAUCUUCAGUUUUAUUCAUCAAAUGUGACCUGAGCUCUGAUGAGCUGCAUAUUAGAGCAGACUUAUACACUCACACGGCUCUGCUCCUCAGUGUGUAACACUAACAGGCAGAAAUCACAUGUAACUAUGGAUAAACUUUACAUUCUCACACAGAACCCUUAUGUUUAUGCACUAACUUAUAUUUCUUAAAGUUUAAAAUAAAUGUCUACAUGAAUGUUUCAUCAAAGUGUGUGUGGUGCAGUUUGAAGACCAAACAGAAUAACAGUGUAUGAACACAGACCUGAAGGAGAGGUGAAAGAACAAACCUGCUCUGAGUCAGAGGAACCUGCCAACAUCCUUUCACAAAGUCAAACUUGCUCACAAACUUUGCAGCACCCACAAUAUCUAUCACUCCUAUAUUGUGUAAUAUCUAAUAUUCAUGCACCAAGUGCAACACUCACCAUCUGCAUUAUUAUAUG